UUGAAAACUUAUUUGCUGCAUUCAUAUCACUGGAAUUUCUGUAUAGCAGCCACGGCGUAGACAGAUCUGUGCUACCAACAAUCGAAUCAAAGGACAACCGCCUCGGGUUGCAGAGUAGAACCGACUCCUGCUGCUACCACCAUGGAUGAUUUAGAUGCUUUGCUGGCGGACUUGGAGUCGACAACCUCCCACAUCUCCAAGCGGCCGGUGUUUCUGCCGGACGAGACGCCCUACUCUUUCCCCACGGGAGGACCGGCCUCGCCCCCUGUACCCCAACCUCCCUCUGCUGAGGCCCUGAACGGAACCGCCCUCGACCCCCUAGAAUCCACCCGCUCAUCCACACAGUCCUACAGCAGUAGCUCCCCCCCCUUACCCCAAAGUGAAGACGACCACGUCUACAGCUUCCCCAACAAGCAAAAGAGUGCAGAGGCUGCCAUGAGCUCCUUCCUGGGCAGCAACUUGUCGGAGUUGGACCGGCUGCUUCUGGAGCUCAACGCUGUGCAACACAACACGCCCUCCUUCCCGACUGAGGAGGAGACAGCCCCGCCCCUCCCCUCUAGCAGCACCACCCACUAUGUGCAGGAGAACGGGGUUUCGGGGGCCGGCAAGGUGCCUCCCCCCACCAUGGAGAAACCCAAGCGCAGCGUGGCCACCAGGGUCAUUGAAGACGUGCGCCCCAGCGUUGAGAGCCUUCUGGACGAGCUAGAAAGUUCUGUGCCCUCCCCCAUCCCCACCCCCUUGGUGGAGUUUACGGAGGGGGAGGAGGAGACGCCCUCCCAGCUGCAGGCCAGAAUCUCUGCCUCCUCCGCCACGCGGGAGCUCGACGAGCUCAUGGCCUCGCUGUCCGACUUCAAAGUCCAGAGCAAUAUUCUGGCCCAGGGGAAGAGCUUGCCCACGGCUCCCCCCAAACAGGCCAACAAGCUGGACAACAUGCUGGGAAGCCUCCAGUCAGACCUCCAUAAACUGGGCGUCCAGACCGUGGCCAAGGGAGUGUGUGGGGCCUGCAACAAGCCCAUAGUUGGACAGGUGGUGACCGCCAUGGGGCGCACGUGGCACCCGGAGCACUUUGUGUGUACCCACUGUCAGGAGGAGAUCGGUUCCAGGAACUUCUUUGAGCGGGACGGAGCGCCGUACUGUGAGAAGGACUACCACAACCUGUUCUCCCCACGCUGCCACUACUGUAACGGACCUAUCCUGGACAAAGUGGUGACGGCACUGGACAGGAACUGGCAUCCAGAACACUUCUUCUGUGCUCAGUGUGGAGCUUUCUUUGGUCCAGAGGGCUUCCAUGAGAAGGAUGGGAAGGCGUACUGUCGGAAGGACUACUUUGACAUGUUUGCACCCAAAUGUGGAGGCUGUGCCCGUGCCAUUCUGGAGAACUACAUAUCAGCCCUCAACUCCCUCUGGCACCCUGAGUGCUUCGUCUGCAGAGAGUGCUUCACCCCCUUUGUAAAUGGGAGCUUCUUUGAGCACGAGGGCCAGCCCUACUGCGAGGGCCACUACCACGAGCGCCGCGGGUCCCUCUGCUCGGGCUGUCAGAAGCCCAUCACGGGCCGCUGCAUCACAGCCAUGGCCAAGAAGUUCCACCCCGAGCACUUUGUCUGUGCCUUCUGCCUUAAGCAGCUCAAUAAGGGCACCUUCAAGGAGCAGAAUGACAAGCCAUACUGCCAGGGCUGCUUCAUCAAGCUCUUUAGCUAGUGAGCUAACCCACUACCCAGUUGUGUGUGUGUGUGUGUGUGUGUGUGUGUGUGUGUGUGUGUGUGUGUGUGUGUGUGUGUGUGUGUGUGUGUGUGUGUGUGUGUGUGUGUGUGUGUGUGUGUGUGUGUGUGCCUGCGUUUGUGCGCCUUCGUGUGUGCAUGCUUUGUCCCAAUUCUCUACGGUUCAGCCCUAAGUGUGCACUUGCACCCUUCAUGAAUUUAAUUGGAAAUGACAGUUGUAUGAAAUAUAGUGGAAACUCCAGCCCAUGCCUACACCAAUCCAAUGCUUUAAAAUGUGUGGGGAGGAGUACACAGGGAGAGAAUCGGGGACACGUGUGUGUGUGUGUGUGUGUGUGUGUGUGUGUGUGUGUGUGUGUGUGUGUGUGUGUGUGUGUGUGUGUGUGUGUGUGUGUGUGUGUGUGUGUGUGUGUGUGUGUGUGUGUGUGUGUGUGUGUGUGCGCGUGUCAAAAGGUAAAGGCUUGGAUAGAAGGUGGCUGUGAUGAGGAAGCAGAGAGUUGUCCCUUACUGUGCAUGUAGCUGAGAUGAGACUGGCCAUUAGAAAAGCUCCCCUACAGUCACCUGGAGGUUACUGCAGACAGGACUCAAUGCUCAACAGAGCCUUCAGGGCCGUGGGGUUGACAUUUCAAGAGUUCCAGAAAGCAUGAGGUUUAAAGCGAGCCCAAAGAGAUUUUUGUAAAUGUAAAACGAGCAAGAGAAGCCAUUUUUGUGUGAGAGGCAGUUUUUAUGUUCUGUUCGAUUUAUUUUCCUGUCCUAAUAAUGGUAGACUGCGUUAUCAUGUGACCGACGUGUGGAGGUCAGGUUAUAGGGGUCCUGGGAUGGGUUUAGACAGGUGUUCAGGCAGUACUUAGUACACAUAGAAUGUUGUUGACAUUCACUAGGAUGCGUUUUACCUAAUAGUCCAAAUUAUGCAGUAUGUCGGUGCCAUUGCAAAUGCACACCUAUGAACUGUCUCUUGAUCUCAAACGCAAACACACACACAGAGACACAUACUUUAUACUCUGAGAAGAGGUAAAGCUCUUGUCUCCUCUUUCCCUCCUCCCUUUCUCUUCACUUCUCUGUAAGACCAGUUCAAACACUUGGUGCUCACUCAACUCAAUCAUAGAUUCCUCUCUCUGUGGCCCUCUUGGGGCCAUUUUACAGCCUGGUAUGGUCAUGAUAUCAGGGUCCUAUUUUUGUACACUUUUCCUAUGGAAAUGUUCAUAUACUAACAAGGACGGCUCAGCGGAAUAGAUUUAGUACAUCCGUUUUCCUUUUCCCUGUUUGCUUAAUUUUUCCAAUGGAACUGUACAAAACUCUCAAAUGUGUUUGUACAAAACGAGACACGUUGUUUAGACACACAUACUCACACUCUUUCUCCAGAUUACUGCUCUUUUCGAUGUGCUAUGGACUCUCCGUUUCUAUUUUCUGUAGAUCAGUCUUUGCGCCACCGAUCUCAUAUGAAUUCUCAUUCAUGUAAUCUGAUUUUAAAAGAACGUGCAUUUGAAUACUGUCUUUCCGUUGAUGUGGACAGAGGGUGGCGCUGUUUGGGUGAGUGUUGGCGACCUCUCAUCUCGGAGGCACUCUGCUCGUCCCUUACUUUCCAUCCGCUUUGGGUAGGGAGGCAGCUCUUAGCCUGGCAACCAAACUUAGCACAGCGUUCUUCAGUCUGGUGUGACCAGGCUAGGCUUCCCCCUUCCUAUAAGGAAACAGGACAAAAUACUAGAGCAUGUUGAUUUGAAACAACAUGUUAAUUGUGUGUAUUUUGCCUUUUUAUUUGCUACUGUAUUCGCCCACACAUUUAUCCAAGUCUUAAAAGGAAUAAUGGGGAGUGCUUUUCUUGGGGCAAUGUUUUGUUGUACAUUUAGCUACUGACAAUGUGUGUGUUUUCCCUCAGAUACUUCAAAAGUAAGUAAUAGAGGGAGACUUGGUCCUUUUAAUGUACAGGGGGAGGAUUGGUUUUUAACCUCACUGCUUAUUGACUGAUUGAGCAACACACAUUCUGCAAUACAAGUUGUGAGGAGAUUUUGUCAGCAUUUUCUGCAUAUUUUUAGUACAAUCACAAUAUUAAAUUGACUUUAACAUACUUGGUUUAGUGGCAUGGAGCAGUAUUGUCACUGUAUGAUUUUGAGCUCUGUAGCUCACACUGAUAUGCAAAGAGCUGGCUCAAUGGACAAGGACAUAAAUGGACCCUAAUACACACACACACUAGGUUGAUUUCCAGGCAACAGGGCCAUUUCUAACCAUGUGUCCCUGAUAUGCCCUCAGAGUCACAUGGUAAUCUGGACACACAGGUCUGCAGUCAGUACCUAGUCUGUUUCCCAAAUGGCACCCUAUUCCCUAUAAAGUCUACUGCUUUUGACUAGGGCCCAUAGGGCUCUGAUCAAAAGUAGUGCCCUAUUUAGGGAAUAGGGUGCUGUUUGGGAUGCAAUACAAGUCAAUAAUGGCAUCCAAAUCUCCUCGUUACCUGAUCCCAAAUCACUGCAGUUGGUCAGGUUUGAGCAUUUUUUUUUAUAUAUAUGUAUGUAAUUGAUUUACUUAUUUUAUCAUCCACUGUUAAUUUUUUUCAAGUGACCUUCUAAUGUUGCAUAUUUGAAUCAUUGUGAAGCAGGUGAUUUUAACUUUACACAUGUUGCUUAUAUUUUUAUGCUAAAUCUUCAUUUUUUUAUGGUUUCCAACCCAGUUGUCAUCACUUGGCAUGUUGGUUGUGGUGUAUAUAUAUACACACAUACGUUUCAUUUUCAUUUCUUAACACUUUGAAAGAAUAAAGAUAAUUGUGCUAGUGCCAAAUUUUCAAUGUAAUGUCUUUAACACUGUUGAGGUAUAUGGCGCACUUCCAAGUCCUUGCUGCGAUCGGAUUGGUGAAGCCAUUUUUGAUGUCGUAGAACAACAUUGGCUGGAUCAGCCAGUGUCAUGGGGUGCAUCUCAAACAUCUAAAUUGGCUCCCUCUCCUCUGCUUAUUUCCUCCAUAUGUGUUGAUGUGAAAGUACUGGACAGGUGAAAGCAAACCCCUCGAAUACAACCUCAAUAUAGCUUACAGUGAAGUGUAAAUAAAGAAGAGACAAAUAGGGAAGCCAUUUUAGACUAUUGAGAUGCACCUCUGGCUUUUGGGUGUCAGUAAAAGAGAGGCAAAUAACUUAGAGGGGGCAAACUGAGGAUGGCCUCACAGCACAGUAUAGUCGGCCGAUUAAAGGUGUAUAGUAAUUGUUGCUUUAUAAUUACUACAUGUUACUAUUGGGUGUUUUUUGUGUCUGGCCUCCUCAGGCUGGGGUGCCAUUUCUGGUGAUGUUUGGAACGGUUUUGUUUCUUCAACCCGCUGAGACAUGGGUUUUUAAAGCACUUUCAGCCUUGCUAUGCCAUAGAUUCCUUGAGCUUCUCUAGUAGUGCAACUGUGUUGACAUGAACAUGAUGAAUCUACAGAGGGGCAUUUCACCUAGCCUGGUUAAUGAGGAAUGCUGCUAACAUAAUAUUCUAAUUUAAUUUUGAAAUUCAUAGACUGAGGUGUAACAGAAGAAGGGUUAGUACUACUUCAUAUUGACUCUGUUUUAAGUCAGGCUCUCUUUCUAAGCCAUUAAAUCCUAAAUUGUUCAAGUUAGUGUGCCAAAUAAUGUAUCAAGCUCAAUGAAAUAUCCCUCUGGUAGCCUUUAUAGCCAUGCUUUGGAGACCGGAGACACAGACAAUGAAAACAAGUGUAAGUGCUGCCAGGGUGCCUGAAUCUAGCCCUGGACAGUUACAGUUCAAAGUUGAAUGAGUUCCUCAAUCAAGGGGAAAUUACUGGAACGAUUUAUUGAGAGUAGCCAUGACCACAGGUUUAGGCACCAGCCCAAAUGUGUAAUGCAACAAAUGGAGCCCUUUAAAGAGAGGCUUGAGAGCAUGUUACUUUGGUGUAUCUCUAGACACCCUAUGUAAGUUUUUUUUUUUUUUUUUAUCUACACCCUAUGUAAAUCAUCAGGGAUUGUAAUUAUUAUUAUUUUUUGCUACAUUUAUUUAUCCUAUUACAUUUCUUUGCUUUAGUUCUAUGCUCUCUCUGUUGACUCAGAAAUCCCAGGCCUAAGUGGGAAGCAACCCGUCUGCCUCGGCAGACUACUCUCAAAGCCUUUUUAUUUUAAUGUUUACAAGUUAACCUUGUCAUUUGAUCCCCUUAAUUUAUCUGAAAGGAACUAUUUUCCCCCAAUAUUCCUGAGUGGCACAGCGGUCUAAGGCUCUGCAUCGCAGUGCUAGAGGUGUCACUACAGACCCUGGUUCGAUCCCGGGCUGUAUCACAACCGGCUGU